CCUUGUGAGACCAUUAAUCCGGUUGAUGGAGUCAGUUUUGACCCCAUCCCAGCGGCCGUCACUUCCUCUCCGCGCCCCCCAGCCGCAAGCUGUUGAUCAUCGCUUCGGAGACCAGCAAGAGCUCCCUGCAGUGUUCAAAGUCCUACACCUACUACGGCAUGGUAUUGCGGUACACAACCAACCAAAUGGACAGGACUUGCCGCCCGCUUCUCUUUUGGAUGCUUGCCUUACAGCACAAGGUGUGGCACAGGCUCAUGCCGCCAGGCAUACGAUUCAGGCUCUGCAGCCGCAAUUUGUCAUCACAUCCCCUUUAACCCGUGCGCUACAAACGACAACGAUCAUCAUGAGCCCGGAAAAUGCGGGAGUGGGAAAUGAGGACAACAAUAGAACCGAAGGAAAGUCCACGCGUAUAGUGGCCGUCGAACUUGUCCGGGAGGCCUACGGUGUCCUUCUUCCUGACAAGCGCCGGAAUGCCACCGAACUGCAGGCUGCCUUCCGUCCCACCGUUGACUUCUCGCUGCUGUCGGAGGAAGAUCAGCUCUGGACUGCAAGCCAGCGAGAGAGUCUGGAGUCGGUGCGUGGUCGCGCUCGGAAGUUUUUGCACGAGUUGCUGCCGCGUCCGGAGCGCCAUGUCCUCCUCG